GCAAAAUGUCUUCUUCUUAUUCUACAUGAUAACGAAACAAACAGAUCAGCAAAAAAAAAAAAUCUUAAUCGUGAGUUCGAGAAGAUAACAAUUGUGCCAAGCCAUGAUUCGUAUUAUUCAGAUAUUGAUUCUCUGUCUCUCCAUCGCCUCCGUGAUCUCGAUCUCCACCGAUAACGAGUCUAUAUACGAGAUCCUACAAGAGAACGGAUUACCGUUAGGGAUAUUCCCUAAAGGCGUGACGAAAUUCAACUUCGACGGCAAAACGGGACGGUUCUCUGUUUAUUUGACACAGUCUUGCGAUGCCAAGUACGAGACGGAGCUGCGUUACGACGCGAAUGUUACCGGGACGAUAAGUUAUGCUCACAUUGGUGAUUUGUCGGGAAUAUCUGCGCAAGACCUGUUCCUGUGGUUUCCGGUUAAAGGGAUACGAGUCGACGUGCCGAGCUCUGGUCUUAUAUACUUUGACGUUGGUGUUGUUCGCAAGCAAUACUCGUUGUCUUUGUUCGAUACGCCUAGAGAUUGUGUUGCGGUCCGUGGUGAAAAUGAGGUUCAAUCUUCAAUGUUGUCAUUGUAUCAAAUAGAUCAAACUCUUGGGAGAAGCAUUAUUUAGAUGGAGUUUUGAGAAAUGUUGUUAUACUAUAUACCAGAAAGAUAGAUGUUCUCAUCAUUUCUUGAUGUUAUUUUGUACUAUUUUUUGGUCUCAAAUCUUAAAAGCAUGAUUCAAGGUCAAGUGCUUCCCAUUUCAGUGUUUUUUUUCUGUAUAGUAUUCUCAUAUCGCGAGGGGGAUUGAACCAAAAGAAUCUGUGAUUGGAAGUUAGAUGGGAAGAAACAAUAUCUGGUUUGUUUGGAAAAGAUCUUGAAGGACUGGUCCAUAUUUUGUUGAAGUGAUUGAUGAUAACAGUGAUGUGAGGUGGUGGUGGUGGUGAAUGUUUUUCUUUAUCGUAUUUUUGUGUUUGUCUAAACAUGUGUUACCAUAUAUAUAGCCAAAAUAAGUGUUUGGAGUUCACGUAAUAUCUGGUUGCUUUAGUUUCGGUAAAAAGAUCCUUAGGGUUUACAGUCUAAUCAAGUGUGGCAUAAUAGGACCUUCCUGAGCCUGAAGUCGAAGUCUGUCUCCAGCUUGGCUUCGGAAGUCACUAUCUGAAUUUUAUUGGACGUAUC